AUGUCCGUGCUCCGUGCUCUUCUCGUGCUCGUUUUCGUGUUCGUCGCCGCUUCCUCAGCCCUCCCGACUCCCCUGGCCAGCCGCGAAUCCCGUGCUCUGGCUCCGUCCGUCGAGUCGUGGUGCAUCUUCUACCCGGAAAAGUACGUUCUUUCCCUUUCCCUUUCCCAAUCUAAUUUUCCCCAUUUUCAGAUGCCGCAUGCUGAAAUUCGCCGGAGUCCACAAGAGAGAUUUCGUCGAAGAUCUCGACUACUAA